GGUGUGAAUAGAAGCCUGACCUGGUUCACUGCUCAAAACAGAAAAAAAACAAAGGAGGAAAAAAAAAUGGAAUGGAGUCUGUUUCUGCUCCUUCUGAUGGGUCAGUGGUCUUUCUCCACCUGUAAAGAUUAUGAGUACCACUUUAUUAAAGAGGAGAAGACCUGGUCCGAGGCCCAGGAGUACUGCAGAAAGCACUUCACAGACCUGGCCACCGUGAACAACUUGUCAGACUUGGACAUCCUCUGUGACCAGCGCACCUGCCAAGAAGGAUGGAUUGGACUUUACGCCGAAAUAGACACUGGGAGGGAAUGGGUCUGGUUCAGUGAAAGAAACCAGACCUCACCACUGCCACCGCAGAGCUGUAUGGUUAAGUGGGGAGACCGUUCCAUGGGCCGUUAUACAUGUAAUGACAAAAGGCUGAGUAUAGAUGUGAAGUGCUGGUUGGACCUUCAGAGGAUCUGCUCUGCAUCCAACGUGGCCCUGACAAUUCAAGAAAGCAACAACCCAUGUGAGUUCUGUGAGCCCCAGGCGCCCGUCACGUUAUUCAUCCUCUUCACACACAAGUGGAGGUGGUCCGAUGGGAGUGAUCACUGUGAACACUCAAAUCCCACAACUCAGGGAGCUAAGGAAUGUGUGGUGAUGGGUAACAACAGAGGAUGGAAGAGCGACAGCUGUGAAGAACCAAGACCUUUCUACUGCUACGAAGAUGAACUGGUCCUGGUUCCAGAGCAAAAGUCCUGGGACGACGCUUUGACGUACUGUAGAAAACACUACUCCGACCUGGCCUCCAUCACCAACCCCACCCAGCAGACAUGGGUCCAGAAGAGGGUGCAGAGGGCCCAGUUUGACUACGUGUGGGUGGGACUGCGCUACACCUGCAGUCUGGAUCUCUGGUACUGGGCCAGUAACAGGCUGGUCUGCUAUCAGAACUGGGACUCAAAGGAACCGGGGCAUGAAUGUGACAUGGCUGGAGCUGUGAAAAAAGGGACGGCCGAGUGGGUCAGUCUAGACAAAGGUGACGUGUAUGCCUUCAUCUGUUCCACAAAAACCCACGCUUAAGUCAUCAAACCAAGGAUCACACUGCUCUGCUGUAUGAUUUCCUAGAAAACAUCUGCUUCAGACAUUAAAUGUGCUAAAUCUUACAUACUUUAAUAAGAUGAAUCAGAAAACAAAGUAGAAAAGUGCUGGUUAGCUCAUGUUUUCAAUAUACACUUGUGCUCAUAAGUUCACAUACACUAGCAGAAUUUAUGAUUCUAUGGCCAUUGUUCAGAGAAUAUGA